UCGCGGACGGUUCGUGUCCGCGCCUCAGUCGGCGGCCGUGCUUUCUGUAUCCGCGCGCGUGCCGUCUGAGACGAGAAAACGCGUAACGGAGCUACAAUUAACAGGGAGGGAAGACGUACUCUUCGAAUCUCCUCUCUUUUCUCUGCUUAAAAAUUCCAUCGCGGAAAGUUUAAUUAACGGAGUGAGUCGGAAACGCGUCACAGGAUGCGUGUCCUGACCUUGUUGAUUCUCGGGCUACUAAUCGUCUGCGUUGUCGAGGGUAGCGUCAUCCGCGACGAAGCCUUAACUGCGAACCUGCAAGAUGUGCGGUACGAAGAAGAAUUUAUUAUUGCCUUGUCGAACAUCAAAGUUAAGAAGAAAGCCAGCAAUUCGAUCGAGACUCUAUUAGCCGUAAAAUAUAAACAAACAAAAACCAAAAUGAUACUCAAACUGGAUCGACGAAGGAAGCGCGUUAUACUCGAGAGCCACGACGAUAGGGGCCGACGCAGCUUCGCGUAUGUCAACGUAGACUCCCUUUCGGUAAGCACGCCUUUGAAGAACCUGAUUAUCCUGGUAAAUCAGAAUCGACUCAAUGCCCGCAUGGAUGUUUAUGCCGAGUGCGUCUACGAAGGCUCUAUACCGCUCAAAAAAACCUUCCGCAGCAUAGCCGAGAACGAGGACCCGUUCACAGAAGUGUUUAGAGAACGAACAUACCGGGUGAAAGUGUAUCACCUCAACAUCAUCGAGGCGAUGAAGAAGCAACAUUGUCCCGAUAAUCUAAUCGAUCUAAUGCCUCCGACAAUUGAAAAUUCGCAACAGCCGAAUUAUACGAAAAUUCCUAAUCAAUCUGAUGGGACCGAUGGUGAUGAAUCGACUACAUUGGAUCAAAAUAAUAAUUCUACACCAUCCGUUGACCAAAAUAACUCAAAAUAUCCGAAUGACACAAAAACUCCUGGUGAAAAGAAUGAUCACGAUCGACCAAACAAAAAGCCGCGACCUUCAGGAAGUAAUAAAAAACCUGAUAAAUAUAAUCCAAACGGCUCUUCCGACUCGUUCUCACCUCCUGACAAAGCGAAUGAGAUGGAUAACCUUGAUUAUCCAGAAUUUCCCUCUUCACCGUUUAAUUUCCAACCAUUGCAUUCUACCACGGGAUAUCGCCCUACUAAACGACCUAAGAAACCUCAAUCAGGUACAGGACCCAAUGGAUCGAAUGAACACAGUCCCAAUAAAUCUGUAAACUCGGACGAGAUGGAUGACUUAGAUGGAUCUUCGAAACAUCGUCCCACUAAACGUCCUAAGAAACAGCAGACCCACUCAAGUACAGGACCUAAUGGAUCAAAUCAACACAACAACCCAAAUAAACCUGAAAAAUCGGACGAGAUGGAUGGCUCAGAUGAAUCUUCGAAACAUCGUCCCACUAAGCGUCCUAAAAAACCGAAGUCUCAAUCAGGUACGGGACACAAUGGAUCGAAUGGUCCCGAUAAAUCUGGAGGAUUGGACAAGAUUAAUGAUCUUGACUAUCCAGAUGAGUUUUAUUCUUCACCGUUACCGUCUCCAUAUUCUAACGAACAGUAUCAUCCUUCCAAACCAUGGACGAAAGAUGGAUCGGGCGAAUUCGAUGAAUUGAAUCCACAUAAUUCUAACAAGAAUCCUUUUCCAACAUCAGAUGAGUUUGGAUCUCCCGAUAAGCUUAAUCGACCUGGUCGAAGUCCACAUGUACCCGACGAAUAUGAAUAUCCGGAUGACACGCAUGUGUCGUUACCUAAUAAAAGACAACCCGUAAGAGGCGACAUUGGAAUCCAAAGUCUGGAUGAAAGAGUCUGCCAGACCGACGAUCGAAUCGUGAAAACCUUGAACGAAUUAAUCAACGUCACCAGGAAAUUCGGGAGGGAACUAGAACUAAAUAGGCAGGAAACACAACAUCUUCGUCGAUUGAUCGAAAACUGCGCGGCGUGUCGUACACCCAUCGUGCCACCACUGCCGCUGCUCACGUGCGAUCCUUCACCGUGCUACCCCGGCGUCGAAUGCCAUCAGACAUCGAGGGGACCUCAGUGCGGUCCCUGUCCCCGCGGUUAUACCGGAAAUGGACGGGCCUGCAACAAAAUCAACGUCAUCACCUGCGUCAAUCGACCGUGCUUCCAGGGAGUGCGUUGUUACGAUGCCAGCGACGGUUACAAAUGCGGUAGAUGUCCCAUGGGAUACGUCGGCGAUGGCGUAAGAUGCGAUAGGCAAAGAAACCCAUGCGAAACACAUCCCUGCCAUCCGGAAGUCAAGUGUUAUCCGAUUUACAGUCCACCAUAUUUUAGAUGCGGUCCGUGUCCAUUGGGAUAUGUGGGUAACGGCACGGUCUGCCACGAUGCCAACGAAUGCGAGCUGGCUCGACCCUGUUUUCCCGGAGUACGGUGCAUCAAUCUCCAUCCCGGAUACAGAUGCGACAGAUGUCCGGCAGGUUACACCGGACCUAUGACCGAAGGUGUCGGUGUCGAGAUGGCCAGGACAAAAGUACAAAUUUGUCGGGAUGUAAACGAAUGCGAAAUCAACAACGGCGGAUGCCAUCGUGAUUCGGAAUGCAUUAACACGGAGGGAUCUUAUAGAUGUGGUCGUUGUAAAGCCGGUUACAUCGGUAAUCAAACAGUGGGAUGUCAUCUUCAACAAGAUCUCUGUCCGGAUAUGGUAACAGUCUGUGAUGUCAAUGCUAAUUGCAUCGCCACGUACUUCAACGAAUACUCGUGCAAGUGUCGCACCGGUUGGGCCGGAAAUGGAUUCUCUUGCGGUCCUGACACUGAUAGCGACGGUUUCCCCGACAGGAGUCUGCACUGCCACGAUCAUCGCUGUCAAGUCGACAAUUGUCCGACGGUACCGAACAGCGGGCAAGAAGACGCCGAUGAAGACGGGUCUGGCGAUGCUUGCGACGACGACGCCGAUAAUGACGGCGUAUUGAAUUAUGCUGACAAUUGUAUAAAUAUUUAUAAUCCGAAUCAAAUGGACACGGACGCAGACAAAAUCGGCGACGAAUGUGACAAUUGCCCGACAGUUCCGAAUCCGAAGCAGAGAGACUUAGACGACGAUAACAUAGGCGAUGAGUGCGAUAGCGAUAUGGAUGGCGACGGUUUCGAAAAUACCCAGGAUAAUUGUCCCAUGAUAAAGAAUCCUAAUCAGCGUGACACCGAUAUGGAUGGCAUCGGCGAUGCCUGCGACAAUUGUCCGAAUAUUAGCAAUCCCGACCAGGCGGACAUUGACAGCGACAGCGUCGGGGACGUUUGCGACACCGACAUGGAUCACGACAGGGAUGGUGUUCAGGAUGAUAGGGACAAUUGUCCGGACGUAGCGAAUCCCGGACAGAACGAUCUCGAUCACGAUAACAUCGGCGACGAAUGCGAUAAUGACAUUGAUGGCGAUAAUAUAAUGAACGCGAUCGACAACUGUCCUUAUGUGUACAAUCCGGAUCAACUUGACAUCAAUCACGACGGUAUCGGCGAUAUCUGUUGGAAUGACAAUGACAACGACACAGUUAUCAAUUCUCACGACAACUGUCCCAACAAUAGUUUAAUAUGGGCGACAGACUUCCGGAAAUACAAGACCAUCAACCUCGAUCCUCUCGGUACAUCGCAAGAAGAUCCUGUAUGGAGAAUUCAUAACGACGGGGCAGAAAUUUGGCAGCUUCUCAAUAGCGAUCCUGGAAUCGCUAUAGGACCGGAUGUGUUCAUCGGCGUCGAUUUCGAGGGAACCUUUUAUGUCGAUGACAAAGACGACGACGACGAUUUCGUGGGCUUCGUUUUUGGCUAUCAGGAUCCUCGACAUUUCUACGUUGUUUCCUGGAAAAAAGGUGCGCAAGUUUAUUGGAUGGGAUCACCGUUCCGCGCCCAUACCGAACCCGGCAUUACAUUGAAACUCGUCCAGUCCGAAACUGGACCGGGCGAGAUGCUGCGAAAUAGUCUCUGGCACAUGUAUGAUAUUCCCAAUGAGGUGAAGAUCCUCUGGAGAGAUCCAAAGCAAAUGGGCUAUCAGCAAAGAGUAUCGUACAGAUGGUAUUUGACACACAGGCCAAAGAUUGGCCUGAUUAGAUUCUGGUUAUAUCAGGGAACGCAAUUAGUAACUGAUUCCGGAAAUUUGUUCGACUCGACGUUGCAAGGCGGUAAAAUAGGUGUCUACUGUUUCUCGCAGGCGGGAAUCAUCUGGUCCGAUUUACUGUACAAGUGUGAAGAAACCGUGCCUCGAUCCAUAUGGGACGAAUUACCUGAUAAUCUAAAGAAAGAAGUUCAAGUGGGAAUUGAAACAGGUCACCAGCAGCAAAUAACAAACCGAAUGAAUUACGAUUUCUAAAACAGAUUCUCGGUGAAAAAAACGAGUCAAUAAAAAGUGGCAGGGAUUACGAGAAAAUUUAAGAAUCUCCGUAAUUUUAAUUCUGAAAUAAUCAUGGAGUCAUAUCUAUGCGAAUUAUAAUAUUUGCUAUAAUCAAUCGUCAAAUUGCAAUUCUUUGUGAGAAGUUUUGUACAUUUCUUAGGUAUAUAUAGACAUCUUGUAACACAGAUAUUUAAUAUUGCAGAAUAUAUGUGUGAAUAUUA